CCAGGCGUUAGGAGGUUAUGUGUUUGGGGGCUUCGCGUUUCCGCCGUUAAAAGCCGUUUAAUCUGGAGUUCGCUAGCUGUUCACAGUACUUAGGUCUGCGGCGGCUGAGUUGCACGCGCGUGCGCCUGGGGGUGACGCUGAGCCGGAGCGGUUGAGGACGUGAAGCGCGCGCGCGCGACGCACAGGGGCGAAGGACGGGAUGGUGGAGAACUCCAACAGCGGCAAAGCUCACAUGGAGAGCAGUUUAGGAGGCAGCGUCUUCCCUCAGGGGGGUGCCGCGGGGGUGAAGCUCGAGGCCGUGAUGGAGCAUCUGCAGCGGCAGCAGCAGGCACGUCUGGAGAUGGAGCGCAAGGAGCGGCGUCUGCGCGACGCCCACCUGAUGUACGCUCAGCAAGUGGCCGCUCAGCACGCCAUCCUAGCGGCGGCCCGAGCCUCGGCGCUGGGCGCCGGGGGUAAAGCCCAGGUCCACGGGGUCGCCCUGGAGGAAGUCGGGCGGGGCAGGGACUCGGGCGAUGACGACGACGUCGAUGCUGAUAACGACGACGAAGAGGAACCCAUGGCCGGCGAAGGCAGCGAGGAGGACGAUGAGGAAGAGGACGGGCCGGUAAGCGGCUUGGAGUUUUUGCGCAAGCAGACGCUGGCGCUCCAGCAGAGCGCCAUGGCCAGGCAGUUCACGGGCUACGCCGCCAGCACGGCGGCAGGGCCUAGGAUUCAGAGAGACGACUCGUCUCCCGUCAGGGUCAAAGAGGAGCCCGAGAACGACCUUUCACCCGCCGGUCCGCAAACAGCCACGUCUCCGAACGGUCAGGCCGACUGGGGCUACGAUGAUAACUUCAAACAGAAUGGCAGUGGUGUGUGGGGAGAGGAAUCAGACAGUAACAAAUCGAGAGGAGAGGCAUCAAGAGACUUCGCCAAGUUGUAUGAGCUGGACAGCGAUCCUAACAGGAAAGAGUUUCUGGAUGAUCUCUUUACCUUCAUGCAGAAAAGAGGAACCCCGGUGAACCGAAUCCCCAUCAUGGCGAAGCAGGUGCUGGAUCUCUACAUGCUCUACAAGCUGGUGACGGAGAAAGGAGGCCUGGUGGAGGUCAUCAACAAGAAGAUCUGGAGAGAAAUUACCAAGGGCCUCAACUUACCUACCUCCAUCACCAGUGCUGCAUUUACACUCCGCACACAGUAUAUGAAGUAUCUGUACCCGUACGAGUGUGCACGCAAAGGCCUGAGCUCUCCCAGCGAGCUGCAGGCCGCCAUCGACAGCAACCGGCGUGAGGGGCGUCGCCCAAGCUACAGCAGCAGCCUGUUCCGCUUCAGCUCCUCCCCAAGCUCCGCCCCCCACAUUCUCUCCCCACCCAAAAUGCACCUGACUGCUCUGGGUGCUGGAGCUGCUGCUGCACUGAACGGCCUGCAGGGGGCAUCGGUGCCCUCAAUUAAGGCUCUGGAAGACGCCUCACCAUCUCUGCUGGCGGCUCGCGCCCCGGCCAUGGCUCUGGCUCUGGGGCCGCAGCAGGUGGCGGGACUGGCUCGGGCGGCCACAUUGGAGCAGUUGAGGGAAAAACUGGAGACCGGCUCAGGAGUCGGAGUCUCUGAAGGGCCGGAGAGGAAGAUGGCACGCCUGGCCGAGGAGCAGCAGAGACUCAUGCAGCAGGCACUUCAGCACAACCUGCUGGCCAUGGCAUCCCACAUGCCCAUGAACCUGCGCAUGGGUCUGACACCAAGAGAUGAUAAGACCGACCUGGCCUUGAGCAUUUCCUCCACAGGGUCUGCCAGCAUCAGCGUGUCUGUAGAGGUCAACGGGGUCGUCUAUUCGGGAACCCUGUUUGCUCAGAAGCCCGCCUCGGCGCCCGUGUCUUCUGCAGCGAGCGUGUCCUCCGUGACGCCCAACGCCACCUUCACCUUCGCCAGCAACAGCCCCUCCUCCUCUUCCUCUAAAGGUCCCAGCUCAGACGAGCCGUCCACCAGCGGCUCACCAUAGUGGAGGACGAGUUCCCCCGCGCCGGGGCCUCAGCCUCCUCCAGGCCUCGCGCGACUGCAACACGCCUCAGACUGUUACACAACUGGUACCUCAUACUGUCCUGUCAGCCUUGGCUGUCGAUACAUGGUCAGACAUAUUUCUAUUACACGCGCACACACACACACACACACUCACAUUCACAAAAUACUUACUUCACAAACACUGUGCUAAAUAAAUAAAAACGCUAAACACAAUCAGGAUAUUCAGCCAAACUCAACUGACAGGUGUUCAUUACAGGACUUGAAGAUUUUUAUUUAGGAGAAGCGUUUUUUGUUUGU